CUCAACCAACAACCCACAUGUUGAAUGGAGCCUGAGGGGUUUAUAUUGCUGUCAAACCUCCCGGCAAUAUCUGAACCACUUCCCGAAGCAGUCACGUGGUACAGCCGGGCAGCGAGGCUUCGGACGUCAUCAUUUUUGGCUCCUCCCCUAAAUGAAGCAAGCCUCGAUACGCGCUUCGAGGAAACGCCCCCUCCAUGACUCGACACACGCUUCGAAGCGUCGGCACAUCUCGUAACAACACUACUAUAAAUGCAGAUGAAAGGCUGUUGCGUAAUUUGGGUGAAAGCGGAGGAGGAAGAGGAGGAAGAGACGGCGGCGGCGGCGGCGACUGAAUAGAGGACAGCUCGCGGUGACACAACGAAGAGGAGUCUGACAGGCGUGUGCAAUGAUGGAGCUGAUACUGCUAUCGGGAGGUAUUCUGCUUCUCCCGGUCUUCGCCUUCGUCGCCUCCUUCCUGUUCUGGCCUGGAGUCCUUCUCAAGGCCUACAACUGGUUCUGGCGUUGCAGGCUGGGCCUGGCGGUCCGCUACUCUCACAGCGGGAGCUACCGCUUCUGUUACUGCAGCCGCGGGCCACCAGGGGGCGCCGCGCCGUCGCUGCUGCUGCUGCACGGCUUCUCCGCCACCAAAGACAUGUGGCUGCCUCUCGUCAAGUUCCUGCCCAGAGGUCAGCACGUGGUGUGCGUGGACAUGCCGGGACACGAGGGCACGACUCGCACCGGCGCCGAGGACUACAGCAUCCAGGGUCAGGUCACCCGAAUACACCAGUUUGUGCAGAGCGUCGGUCUGGACAAACGACCCUUCCACCUGGCGGGGACAUCGAUGGGUGGGAACGUCGCCGGCGUGUACGCCGCCCGUUACCCGGCUCAACUGUCCGGCGUCACCUUGAUCUGUCCGGCAGGUCUGGUGUAUCCGACGGAAACCAAGUUCAUCCGUGGUCUGAGGGAGCUGGAGAAGACUCCGGAGGCGGAGUCGAUCCCUCUGAUCCCCUCCACUCCUCAGGAGCUGGAGGACAUGUUGAAGCUCUGCUGCCACAACCCCCUCAACCUCCCCCGGCAGGUUCUGCGGGGUCUCCUUGACAACCGGAUCCCCAAUAAUGAUUUCUACAAAGAAGUGUUCAUGGAGCUCGUCGGCGAGAAGUCUCGUCACUCGCUGCAGGAAAAUUUGCAUCUGAUCAGGACCCCCGUGCUGGUGGUCUGGGGGACCGAGGACCAGGUGGUGGACGUCUCGGGCGCGGCGGUGCUGGAGGCGGCGCUGCCAAACUGCCAGGUGGCACUAUUGGACAACUGUGGUCACUCUGUGGUGUUGGAGCGGCCCCGGAAAGCCGCCAAGCUCCUCAUGGACUUCCUGUCUGCGCAGGAAGUCGACUGCGAAAACACGAAGAAACUUUCCUGAAGAAAAGCGUCUGGAUGUUGAAGGUCGAGGAGAAUGGCGGUUAUGGUGACGUGGAUAUCUGGUGGUGAUUGUUUAAAGUUUUCUAUAAGGAUUUGUAUGUGAAAAUGGAUGUAGAAGAGUGGGACAGUCAGAUAUUCCUGAUGUUUUUUGGACACAAAGCACCAAGAAGGAGUUAUUAAUAUCUGUUUUAAUAGGUAAUGUUGAAUAAAAACAUUGCAUGUUUGCAUUUUGCACAUUUUCUCGAUCAGAAAAAACUAUAUUUAAAUAUCUUGUGCCGUGUGAACAACAGUUGUUUGUUUGUGUGUGAGGCGACUGCACAAUCAACCUCAUAGAAACACAUUCAGAAUGAAUGGAACAAUGUACUGUGGGUGAUUAAUGUUUGUACGUGUGCAGACAUUACUGAAUCAUCUAAUGUAUGUGUUUCUGGACUACAGAAAUAAAUCUUCUGCAGAAUUAAAGUCAUUGUUUGCUGA